UGUCCAGUGUUCAAGUCGGACCAUUUUAAGUGUAGCAACAAAUUGCAGAGUUUUGUAGCUCAACAGCCCAUCAACAUGAAGCCAGCCGUCGAUGAAAUGUUUCCCGAGGGUGCAGGACCGUAUGUGGAUUUGGACGAGGCAGGGGGAAGCAGUGGUCUACUGAUGGACUUGGCUGCAAAUGAGAAAGCUGUACAUUCAGACUUCUUCAAUGAUUUUGAAGAUCUCUUUGAUGAUGAUGACAUCCAGUGAUCGGGGGGCCCUGAUUGGAAUCACUUCAAUGCUCAACAUUUUAAAGCCAGCAGCCUAUAUUUUUCCACUGUCUGCAAACACGAUGAUGUAUUUAUUAUUUCCGUUUGGUAAAGCUUUGUUCCAAUAAACGUUUGUGUUAAAAAAAAAAAAAAA